AUGGAGGAACAAGCCUGCACUGUGGACUGGCCCCCACCUCCCGACAGCCAUUCGUCACUGGGGCUAAGAGCUGUUGGCACCCACGAAAGUUCUGGCAUCUCUAGUGGCUGCCACUUUGAAGACAGGAGUCUCUUGGCCUUGGAUGACCAUCCUGGCACCAUCAUCCUCUGGCUCCGGCUGUCCUGUGGGCUCCGUGAGGACAGGGACCAUGGUCAGCCUAUGCCCGGGGACCAGCACAGGGCUCACCUGCUGGGAAUGCAGGCUGCCCUGCGGUCCCAGGUUCGGGGUGCGGCUCAGCCCCGAGGCACCCCUCCUCCCAGCACAGCGCUGUGCACGCGGCCCCCUUCCCGAGCAGCCCUGCUGGCCUUCUUCUCCAGGGACUAUUAUUUUGGGAGAGUGCUGAGUUCAGCACCACAGCAAGGUGUAGCGGUACGUGCCCUUCUGUCCUCAGCUGGCCCUCCGGAGCUGGCCCGGGGCUCGGCGGCCCUACCCCUCGUGCAGCGGCCCUUCCUACACAGGGUCACCGUGUCCAACCACGGCCACCAUCCGACAGCCCCGAGGUUGUCGAGACAGGUGGCAGAGGAGCUGUGGGCGGGAGAAGCAGAGCCGUUCCAGCUGGGAGGAGGCCCAGGGCCUCCCAAGGUACUUGUGUCCAGUGGCGGAUUAGCUGCUGGAGCCCAGGCUGCGCCCACCUUUCUCCCUGCUGAGCAAAGGGCUCUGUCCCACCAGGUGCCCGAGAGCUGGACCAUGAGGCUGGCCGUGGCAGCCCUGCUCCUGGGCCUCACGAUGGUGGUCACCGGAGACGAGGGGGACAAUGACCCAUGCGUGUACGAGGCCCUGCCUGACAACGACGCUGUCCUCUGCAAGGGCCUUAAGGUUUCCUACCCAGAGCUGGGGAACCUCGGCUGCAUGGUUGUCCCGGAAUGCAACAACUACAGACAGAAGAUCACCUACUGGACCAAGCCGAUCGUCAAGUUCCCUGGGGCCUUGGACGGUGCAACCUAUAUCCUGGUGAUGGUGGAUCCAGAUGCCCCCAGCAGGUCUUCUCCCAAAGCUCGAUUCUGGAGACAUUGGCUGGUGACAGAUAUCAAGGGCGCUGACAUGAAGAAAGGGAAGAUUCAGGGCCAGGAGUUAUCACCCUACCAGCCUCCUUCCCCACCAGCACAAAGUGGCUUCCAUCGCUACCAGUUCUUCGUCUAUCUUCAGGAAGGAAAGACCAUCUCUCUCCUUCCUAAAGAAAACAAAACUCGAGGCUCUUGGAAAAUGGACAGAUUUCUGAGCCGCUUCCACCUGGGCGAACCUGAAGCCAGCACCCAGUUCAUGACCCAAAAUUACCAGGACACGCUAGAUCACCAGGCUCCGGGAAGAAGCAGUGAGCCCGAGGCCAAACCUGAACCGAGAUAACCGCCCGCCAGACCUCAGGCUUCACGUUGCAGGUGUGUGCAUAGGGCUCACCACCCAUGGUCUGUGUAGGGAACCCACUCCGGGUAUGGAACCCAUUCUCUUCCGAAUAAAAAA